UAUAAAAAAGAAGGUAUUGUAAUUAUUUACAAUAAUUACAGGUUUACAGAAUGACUGACGAACAACCUGAAGAUCCUAAUGCUUAUGAACCAAAAGUAAGGUGGGUCAACCCACAACGGCUGGACUUAAUGACGUUCAUCGGCAAGGAUGUGUUCGUGGUGGCCCACGACAUAUACAUUAUUCUAUUCAAUUAUAAGACCAACACCGAGAUGAUCUAUGUGGCAAACAACCAGGAGAAAGGAGAUGGAGUCGACGUAUUGGGUGGUCACCGCUCUUACAUGUUCGCUUUCGCGGAGAAGGUGCGGUACCCUAGGAUAUUUAUCAUCUCGUAUCCAUCACUCACUACCGUUGUAGAAAUAAAAGACAUGGAUGUAAAUAGAUACAAAGGUAUCUGCAUGAUGGAAAGUGACCUGGUUGCCACGUUCACUGGUUUCCCCAACUAUCUGGUGACUGUAUGGUGUUGGCGCACCAAUCAACGUCUGCUCAGUAUACCGACAGGAGUCUUCAGGCGCAAGCAGAUGUUCAUGGCCAGCCGUACACAUAUGCUGCUAUGCCAAUGCUGGGGAGAAGGCGUGCACGUAUGGGAGGUAGCCCGAUGCUAUAAGAAGUGCUUCAUGUUAAAGAGGAAGAUUGUGGCGGUUUCUGGCUGGGACGCCGCGGACCAACCACUGAUUGCUGGCAUCUGUUGGAGCGUCGAGGGCCAGCUGUACUCCAUCGAUUGUAAAGCUAACUUAUAUGGUCUGUCGUCUGAUGGUGUAGCACUAGUAAGAACCUUAGAAUGGACAGACGACAAAAUUGAAGGGAACCGUCAAACCAAUAUUUGCGCAUUUCUAAAUGGUUUACUUUUUUAUGGGCCCGACGAUAACUUAAGGUUUCUUCGGAAAGAAGUGGAGGGGAAGUCGUGGAAGGUUGAAUGGACGUAUGCUCCAAUCGACGUAGUAGUUCGUCUGGUGAGCAAUGCAUUCUGCGAUAUGGUGACCAUGUGGACUAGAAGCGGCUUCGUGUAUAAAAUCACCGCAGACGCUGAUGACAAAAUUGAAGUUAACUUGUUCACUGUUAAACAAAGGAACAUUAAGAAGGUUCAGCUGAUUGCACCUGAUUUCAAGCAUUUGGCCAUGAUGAAUGAUAAUGCCAUUAUAAGCAUAUACGAAGUGAAUGAAGAGAAAUUGAUUUUCAUGAAAGCUGUAAAAGCCUUAGAUGUUUCGUUCGAAGCAAGUCCUAUAGAUCCACUACUAGCAAUAUUCGGUGAGGUGAACGGCAAUUACGGCAUAGUCCUUCAGGCCUUCGAACCUGAAACAGGAUUGAAGAAACAGAGCCGCAUGUGCCUGACGCACCAGAUCGUGUCCAGGGUAGCGUUCUCGGAUUGUGGCCGGUUCCUAGUGGCCGCAGCAAUGUCUGCAGGACACAUCUUUAUUUUUAAGGUUAGCACAGACUACAAGCUGAACUUGAUGCGGUACACUGAGUUCGGACGAGGGCUGGCAGACUGCUUCCUUAUGAAAGUCGGUGCAACCAUGAGAUGCUUCAGUCUCGUACUAUUCUCAGAGAAAUAUAGAAUUGGCGAGCGUAUAAUCUGCGUAAACGCUGAAACAGGCAAAGACAACAAGUUUGCGGGCAAGAUGCAAGGACCGUACUCUAAACUGCUGCCACUCAGCGCCAAGGACACCAUGAUCGCCAUCCCGCAUCUCAGCAGGCAGAUGCAUAUACUCAAACUAAAUGGAGAUAAAGGGGUAACGGUGUCUGUGAAGAUGGGUCCAAUCAUCGAAUCUGGUCAUGAUAUAAAGCAGUUUAGUGGUUUCAGAGGUGCCAACACACUGAUGACUUUUGGCUACGAUGGCACUCUUAUAUUGAGAUCACCACAUACUCCAGAAGAAACCGACCUAAAGCUGAUAGUAACUCAUCGGUAUGAAUACGGUGUUAAAAGUGCUGUGGUGGAUGCGAAUGGCGAUUUUUUCUUACAUUUGGCCGUAGGCGGCACUAUGGCCUGCACUUUCCUGCGACGUCGCGACCAGGAGUUGGGCGACAUUACACAUAACGCUCCCUCUGAUGCCACCUGCAAAACCGAUGACAAAGCCAACACCAUCACUGUUAUACACUAUAAUGAUAAAAAUUACUUAGACAUUCAAGAAGACAAGAAAGUCCGUGAAGAGGCUAUGGACUACAAACGCCAACGUGAAGAGGUGGUCAAGGUGUUCGAGUUACUGCAGAGCAAGCUGGUGGAUCUCCUGGAAGAAAACAUUAAUGAGCGACCGUUGCAUCAGUUAUCGUUAUCGGAGUUCAAUCUACACCAGGAAGCCAAGAAAGAGAGACUCAAAGCGGCUGAAAAGGAGCGUGAAGAAAUAAGGUUACAGACAGAAGCUCGUAUUAGAGCACAGGACAAAGUGACAGCCUGGAUCAAACAGACGUGCUGGGACACCAUACAAUCACCGAGGAUCAAGAUCUUCGCGAUAUUCAGUCAUUACCACGUGGAGAAUUUUGCAAUGAUGCCAUCACACCGUGAAACAUGGGCAGAAUUGCAGCAAAUUGAAGCGCUUCGCUCAAUCGAGAUGGAGAAUGACUCGGAUUUGUUCCGGCCCUGGCUGGAGGAAAUUACUGUCGAGCCUCCCACCAGUACAGCAGCAGUAGUACCUGUUGCAACUAGCGUUACUGUUAGCCCACACGCGGAAUCCAUGGGCUCUAUGCGCGAUACACGCCGCAGCUUGGAAAGCGAUGAGGACGAUGUAGCCGUCGACGUGGUGGCGGAGCCCUACGUCUUGUCGGGGACCAACGCACAUCGCUUUGUGUCCAUCCCUCGCUUCAUGAUCCCGCAGAUGGAGGCCUACAGCUUCUUACAGAUGAACUGGCUUUAUCAUAUAAUGCAGAUUAACACGCAGAACAUGCGAAUGUGGUUCAACAAGCAGUUUGAAGAGCUCAUGCAGCUGAAGAAAAGAGAAGUGGCCCUCGUUGCUGAGAGAAACGACAGAUUGCGUUUUAUUAUCGAAGAAUUGAAUAAAUUAUCUGACUUGCGAGGCAGCUUCCAUCAUUUGAAAAUCGAAAUCAAAGACCCAGAGUGGAGACAAGAAGAACACGUUGAAAAACUUAUCAAAGUAGAGCCUGAGGAGUGUUCUAUCGAGCCGUACAUCAGUCCGAGUCAAAUCGUGAUCGUGCCUCCAGACCCGGGCCCAAAGGACGACUUCCGUGAAAGAGCACUAAUAGAGAUGAUGGAUGGUGUCUUAGAGAAGUUAUGGCACGAGGAAAUCAAGAAACCUAUUCCAAUGCCCCAAUGCAUGUUGGACAAAGAUCCGGAGAACUUUAAUGAAGAAGAUCUAAGGCAGGUAUUUGAAUAUGAAGCAAAAGUGAAAUUCCGCAAUGAGGAGAGGGAUAAAUACCGCAAAAUGCUGCAUGCUGAAUACGCUAAGCUGUCACAAGUGCUCAAUGAAGGAAUCAUCAAGUUCAAUCAGAAGGUCCGAGAUACGUGGCUAACAAAAAUCAAAGUGGAUUCUGUUAUUGGUCAAGAGAAUCUCAAUCUAAUGCGUCUGCGCAGAACAAACCUGGACCGAAUUGAAAUGUCAGAAGUAAUAGAAGAUAUCAGAGACAAAAUAGCACUAUAUGAACGACAGUUGGAGGAGCUGAAUGCUGAAUUUCAAGCUAUACAGGACCAGAGCCUUGAUUGCCAGGCUGCGUACGAAGCUCUCACGGCUAAGGAUAGACAGAUGGACAAGACUUUUAAAAACCACUUCGGUGAUCUAUCGCCCAUCAUAGUUGAACAGGCAUAUAAGUUUUUUAAGAGGCGGCCGAAGUGGCACCAACGUGUGACGAUGAUACCGGUGGUGCUGUACGAGCUCGCGUGGGCAGUAGCGAGUGGCACCAAGCCUCCCCUAUUGCAUCCUGACUGCUUCGAUUACGUCAAAGGAAUGGAGCAGUUAGACCAGAUCAGCAAUAUGCCAACAGUGAUGGACGAACACAUGUGGACCACUAUGUGCAAGCUGCGUAGAGCCAAAACAGAGAACGAAAUCCGAAUGAGAGCCCUCAUUCAGGAGAUGACGUUCGUAGAUAGUGCCAUUAGCGCGUGGAACAAGGCUAUCCAGGCUCGACGGACGCACCUCGUAACUUAUCAGAGUAAGGUCGCACAGCAUCGAGAGACAGUGGAGUUGGAGGCCAGGAAUAAAACCGUUCAGCUGGUGCUGCCAGCGGGACAAGUGGAGAUCAUAACAACAGGACAUAUGGAUGACUUUGAAGAUGCCACACUUAUUCCCAAAGUGGACAUCGAGACAAUUAACAAUCUCAUACUUAAAGUUGGUGCUAUGAAGCUACGUAUGAUGCGCAAACAAAUGGAGUUCCGUAAGGGCAUCCUAGCCAAAGAAUGGGAGCACGCACAGAUGAAGAUGAAACUACGACACAUGAAACAGGAGCUUUACUCGUACCAACGACUGAGGAUUCCAAAAGAACUGCAGCUGUACUUAAAAAACAAAGAGCUGGGUUACACGGAUGAGCAAGACUACAUAAAGAUGGAGAAGGAGAAUGAAGCUUCCAAGUUGGCUGUCAACAAGAUACUCAACGAACAAAUUCAUAGAUCCGCAGAAAUUGAGGUGAAAUUAGUGGGCAUUGAAGCAGCAGCUGAAAAGAUAGAGAAAUUGAUAACGAACCUUAACGUAAAGGUGUCUGAAAAGAAACUGAAUGAAGAUGCACUGGAACCGAUAAGACGACGACGGGUGUACAAAAAGAGGAUGGAGACCCUGGUGAUGCGCAGCCGCCUGAUCAGAGACGUGCAGGCCAACCACUCCACCAUCGUGAUGCUGCAGACUGAACUGGAACUCCUCCGCCUCAAGACCUACCCCACUCUUGCCAGUUUUCGCACUUACUAACUCACAUUCUUUAUUAUUAUUCGUUAUUUAAAUAUGGAUAAACAUAGACUAAUUUAUUUUCAUGA